AGUGGGAAGAAUAUCCCUUACAUUAGUGGUAAGUAGGGAGAAUGUCUCUUACAUUGGCAGUCAAUGGGGAGAAUAUCCCUCACAUUAGUGAUCAAUGGGAAGAAUGUUCCUUACAUUGGUGAUCAAUGGGAAGAAUGUCCCUUACAUUGGUGGUGGGUGGAAAGAAUGUCCCUUACAUUGGUGGUCGGUGAGAAGAAUGUCCCUUACAUUAGUGGACAGUGGGAAGAAUGUCUCUUACAUUGGUGGUCGGUGGGAAGAAUGUUUCUUAUAUUGGUGAUCAGUGGGAAGAAAUGUUCCUUAUAUUGAUGAUCAGUGGGAAAAAUGCUCCUUACAUAGGUGGUCAGAGAGAAGAAUGUUCUUUGCAUUGGUGGUAAGUAGGGGAGAAUGUCUCUUACAUUGGCAGUCAGUGGGAAGAAUAUUCCUCACAUUAGUGA